AUGGCGGACGGCGUUGCGCGGAUGCGCGACCUGCUCGCACAGAGCCUGCGUGCGUCGGAGCCGCAGCGCUCGGCAGCCGAGAAAGACUUGCAGCAACUGCAGAAGGUACCUGUCACCGCUCAGUUCCUCGCUGCACUACUGGACAUGUGCGUAGUCGCUCCCAAUGCCGACGGAACGCCUCGUAACCUUACACAGCUGGCGGCAGAGGACGCGGACGUGCGUCUUCUUGCAGUUUUAUGGCUCAAACACUAUCUCAAGACUCAGUGGAGGGCACGCAAGACCACGAACCUUCUGUCGGACGACGAACGCGCCCAUGUGCGUGGCGUUUUAUUGUUCGCGGCGCUACACGAGCCACAGCAGACAGUAGCAUUGCACUUGGCGCUGAUUAUCGCCACCAUCGCGCGCGCCGAGUUUCCAGCCCAAUGGAGCUUCGAGACAUUAUUCCCAAUGAUGGUACAGCCGCUGAGACGAGCUAAUGGAACUGUGGACGUGCCUAGAGAACGACGAGGAGUGGACGUCUGCUACCGCGUGGUCAAGGAGCUAUCAGCCAGACGUCUCAUGCAACACCGUAAACAAUUCGCUAUGCUCAGUGUGGAAUUGUUGCCUCUACUGCUUCAAUACUGGACAGCAACGGCUACACAACUGAAUAACUUCUUACUGAGUCAACGUGAGGCUGCUACAUUGACAGCGUUGACAGCUACAGGUGCAGAGCAGCUCAACGUGCUAGUGACGACCACGAAAAUCAUCUCGACAAUGUUACUUAACGCGUUCAGAGACCUCUCGGCAUUGCAGGAUGGAGAGCUCAUUCGUUCAGCACUAGUGGAGUUCUACACCCAGUUUGAGAGACUAGAGGCGAUGCUGACGCUCGACAAGUGCAUGCACCGCAUCGCAGCCAUCGUCGUCGGUGUGCAGAACUCGUAUCCGAUGGAGUUCCGCGAGUACUUGUCGCCGUAUCUUACGCUGUUCUGGAACGUCCUAAACGCAUUCACUUCUGUCCACUCGACAGCGCUUCCAGCUCCCAGACGACUUCAGAUCGAUGCGCUUCAGUUCUUUGCUAAUGUAUUGAGCUGCAGAUUGUACAAGAACGAGAGUCUCUCGGGUCCAGAUGGCACUACACGGAUCAUCACGAAGGUUAUCACGGCUACAGGAGACGUCGCAUUGACGGACGCUAUGGUUCUUGAAGCACAAGCAGCUGUGCAGAUGUUCUUCACUCAGACUGAGGACCGCUUUGCAGCUAUGUUGAAUCUAGUAGUGAUGCACUACAUGACGCUGACAGCUAAGGACCUGGACGAGUGGCACAGCGACCCAGAAGCUUAUUGUGCGCUCAUGGAAAGUCUGACAGCGAAAGAGUCGGUGCGUGCGUGUGCUGAAAAUGUGUUCCUGACUCUGGUGCAGAACUUCCCGGACCAGACGAUCCCAGCACUGACGCAGAUCACGUCCAGUGCCUCAACUUAUCUGCUAAAACUUGGUCGUGGCCAGGUGUCUGCUGGUAAUGACCCACGGAUCCUCGAAAUGGACGCUGUGCUGUUAGCUAUCGGCUUGGGCUGCUACGAUCUCCACGAUUGCUUCGAGUUCGAGCCCUGGUUUCUGACCAAUCUCGUACCGAUUCUCGUCCACCAAGAUGCUGCAGUGGGCUCGUUCCAGGGUCUGCCCGUUCUGCGCUUCCGUAUCGUUUGGCUCGUCAGUUGUUGGCUCGCCCAGCUAUCUGCAAGUGUACGCCCGCCACUGUACGAUGCGUUGCUGAACCCGUCGGCUUCAUUCCACCAAGCAGAUGCCGACGUUGCCCUCAAGCUGCGCGUUAUUCAGACGCUCGAGUCCAUGGUGAAUGACCGGGGCUUUGAGCACGAUGCAUUCGCCCCCUUCCUGCCGCGAGCACUGGAGUGUUUGUUCGUUUUCUUCCCACAAGCUGAUGAAUCCGAGAGUAAAAUGAAGGUAUUGGGCUGUCUGGAGGCGAUUAUUCAAGCCUGUGGUGCUCAGAUCGCCAGCUUCUGCCAUCAGAUCAGUGCUCCGUUGCCUGCACUUUGGACGAACGAGAGUGACGCGAGCAACUUGGUGCGUGGGAAGAUCCUGCAGCUCUUGGCUACACUUCUUUCCAGCGUGAAGGACGCAUCAUCUGUGGAGACUGCCAGUGUACAGACAUUGCUGGACAUGUGCGUGCAGGUGAUCCGCUUUGCAACGGAUGUGUCGAAUCCGGACGAAGUUUUCUUGAUGGAAAGUGGCCUGGAGCUGUGGAACGAGACGCUGGAGGUGGCUACAGUGUACACGGAAGAGCUCCAUCUACUCUUUGGCAAUGUGUUGCGUUUAAUGGAGCGAGACUACGAACAUGUAGCGCUAGUAUUGAGUCUAUUGGAGCACUACUUACGUCUCGGCAAGGCGCAGUUCUGGCAGACGUAUCACACGAACAUUUCGGGGCUUUUACAAAGUGUCAUGGGUAACGUCAAAGCCGAAGCUUCGCUACAGAUCGCCCAAGUGACGGAGACUAUCGUCGCGACAGUUCCCAUUGAUCAAGUGACUGUGUUCUUGCCAGUAGUGAAGACUAUGGUGGAAGCUUGUGUCGUUUUCCAGCACGGAGGGUCCAAACACGAACCGGACAGUGUGUUGGCUGGCUAUCUGAGUGUCGUGGCUCGACUGAUGAUGACGAAUUUGGACGUUACGUUGAAGAAUCUGCUGAUGAAUGACCUUGCGACGUUGCGUAUGCUUGUAGACGCCAUGCUCACGUUGUUCUACACUGUCGGGUCGUCCCCGUUGACUCUUGUACGACGAAAAGUGUGGGCGGUCGCCUUGUGCUCGAGUUUGAUGUUGAUGGAGCAGAACAUACUAGAGAAGACUGGACAGAUCUUGGAGAUUUGUGUCGAAGUGAUAGAAGACGAGCGAGAGGAGCAAGCGCAGAAGCAGAAGGCAGCUGCCAGUAGCGACCAAGAUGGCGGAGUGUAUCGCGCGUUCCAAGCCCACCACAAACAGCAGCAGACAGCGAGCGAAGAAGACGUCCCUAUAUUAGUGUUAGACUUGAAGAGCUUUGUCUGUCAGAGACUCAACGACCUCGCAGCGAAGCUUGACAUGGACCAGCUGCUGCAAUCAGUAGACUCGACGGUACUGCGUAAGUUCCAGUCAUAA